CACGUUGGAAAGAAAAAGAGAAAAGAUAAAGAAGUUUGCAAAAGAAGUUCAGCUCUAAAAAGAACACGGGCCAAAAGAGCGCGAGAGAUUCGAGUGCGGAAAGUGCAAGUAGAACGAAUAGAUUUCACGAAGGUGCAGCUACUUCUCGUUCGAAUGGCAUGACUACUCGAGGAAGGACCAGGUGUGUAUAUAAACAUUGGCCUUCUCGUCGCCGAAAUGGAUACACGGAAGGAUUCAAAUGAUAUUACAGGACGAACGGGUGACACGAGUAGGCGUGCAUUGCGACAUAAUCAAGAGACGGAUAAUCCCUGUUACAAGGAGCACCUCCAGUCGCUAAGGUGCCUUGACUCCAAUCAGAAAGACCGCAACGCAUGCGAGCCAUACUUCCUCAAUUACAAGAACUGUAAAAAUUUCUGGGCUUCCGUGCAGACUGAAAGGAGGUCGAAAGGCAUCAAGCCCUAUAUGCCACCUUUGGAGGAGCGCGUCAAGAUAAAAGCCGAAUACCUAAAUUCUAGAUAGCGACAGAUGUGCA